AUGACCUCAUCAUCAGGGGCAACUUCUGGCUCUACACUUACGACAAAGAACAUUGAUCGAGUUGCUGAUUGGUAUUGUUCACUUCAUACUCGAGAUGCAAGUGGGAGAAGAACCAUUUCUGAUCCGGGAACAAAGAAGAUAGCCGAAGCAGUGCUUGGGUGGAGGAACAAAGAGAGUACAGGCGAGUUUGUUCCGCAAGCGAACAAGGAUGCCUUAUAUAUGGUACUAGGUAAGGACCAUGAUGGACGUGUGAAAGGCAAAGGAGGGGUACGACUAGGCUUGAGAAAAGUUUAUGGUGCAGAGUACUCCGCAACAAGAUCAAGCUCAGUGUCUAAUGCAUCACAAGAUAUGGAGAGCAAAAUGAAAUCUGCAAUAGAGGAGCUUGAGAAAAGGAUGAAGAAUCAAUUCAGCGCCAUCUUGGAGCACAUGGGAUUACCUAGUCUUGACGAGCUCGAGCUCAAUGUCACUCCUGGGGACAAAUUAAGCCAGCAAGAUCCCGAGACACCUAGAGAGGUACUUGGUUCGAUACCUAAACCUCUGCUACUUGACCCCCCAGUGCCUGAUAUAGAGGAGGAGACCCCUUGCAAUCUUUUACUUCCCAAAUCAGCAGAUGGUGAGUUGGUUGUGGUUGCUUAUGGUCGGGCACAACCACCGAGAGAGGGCCAGACAUCACAUUUGCUGCCGGUAGCAGGUUCUUAUUUUAGUGUGUCCGUAGACACCAUUAUAUGUGGAUUUGAAGAUUUCUCAUUGCCGGUCCCUAGGCCAGAGUGGAGCGUCACUGUUCUGAACGACGCGCAAGGUAGUUUUGUGAUAUGGCCAUGUGCUUGGGUGCGAUUUUAG